AUGGAAUCACACGCACAAAGUGCUCACUAUAGGUAUACUUGGGAAGAAAUUUCUUUUAUUUCUUCCAAAAUUUGGGAUAUUUUAGAUGACGGGAUAAAAAAAGAAUUUCAACGUAUCUGUUCGUCUGUUGAUGAAUUAUUUAAAAAUAAGAGAAAAAAUCAACCUCUACAAAUUAAUUUUUACCAAGCGCCAUCUUCACCAUCAUCGUUGGAACAAAGCACCAACAACAACAACGAAGAAAGCGUAAAUACCGAAGUUGCACUUACAGAAAUUGAAAAAACAGUGUUCAACGAACUGUUUCUUUGA